CUGGGACUAGGCUUUUCCGGAAGGAGCGGCUCGGCGUCGGGGCUAGGCCGGUAUUCUAGGCCCAAGCCCAGGCCCAGGCCUGUGUUCCAGGCCGUUGCUCAGAGACAGGCCGCUGGCCGCUGCGACACUCUAGGUACAGCGGAGGACGCAGCGGGCCGUUCGCUGAGGUGUCCGGACCCGCCGCCGAGCGGGCCGUGUAGCCACAGUACGUGGCGGCGCCUCUUCCUUGCCCGAAGCGGAACUGCUGAAGGAGCGGCAGCGCAGGCCGGACGAGGUGAACCAGGUCAUUUAACCACCUUCAGGUGAUGAAUCAUCUGUCUAAUAAUCAGAUUUGAGGUCCACAGCCCUUUGUGGUCCUGCUACAGGGCGAUUUUCAGUGGAUGACUGACUGGCGUGGCCUGAGGGGUGCCGCAGUGACUGCCUUCCCUUGAUAAGGAAACGAGCUUUCUGUUCUUUGUGGACACCUCGUUGCCUGUAAAACAUUCCGGUUAUAACUUCUUUAUCCGGCUUGCAUCUCUGUGCAAGAGCAAAGCUUUCACAUGAAAGUGUCCCUUGGUAACGGCGAAAUGGGCGUCUCUGCCCAUUUGCAGCCUUGUAAGGCAGGAACCACACGCUUUUUUACCAGCAAUACUCACAGUUCGGUGGUACUGCAAGGCUUUGAUCAGCUUAGAAUAGAAGGAUUGCUUUGUGAUGUGACCCUGGUACCAGGUGAUGGAGAUGAAAUCUUUCCUGUUCACAGAGCUAUGAUGGCGUCUGCUAGUGAUUAUUUCAAAGCCAUGUUCACAGGUGGAAUGAAAGAACAAGAUUUGAUGUGCAUUAAGCUUCAUGGGGUGAACAAGGUUGGUCUGAAGAAAAUCAUUGAUUUUAUUUAUACUGCAAAACUUUCUCUUAAUAUGGACAAUCUUCAGGACACACUUGAAGCUGCUAGCUUUUUACAAAUAUUACCCGUUUUGGAUUUCUGUAAAGUAUUUCUUAUAUCAGGAGUCUCUUUGGAUAACUGUGUUGAGGUUGGACGAAUUGCUAACACCUACAAUCUUAUAGAAGUGGAUAAAUAUGUUAAUAAUUUCAUCCUGAAGAACUUUCCUGCUCUAUUGAGUACUGGGGAGUUUCUAAAACUCCCUUUUGAACGGCUUGCAUUUGUGCUUUCCAGUAAUAGUCUUAAGCACUGUACCGAACUUGAACUCUUUAAGGCAGCCUGUCGCUGGCUAAGGUUGGAAGACCCUCGGAUGGAUUAUGCUGCAAAAUUAAUGAAGAAUAUUCGAUUUCCACUGAUGACACCACAGGAUCUCAUCAAUUACGUGCAGACAGUAGAUUUCAUGAGAACAGACAAUACCUGCGUGAAUUUGCUUUUGGAAGCUAGCAAUUACCAAAUGAUGCCAUAUAUGCAGCCAGUGAUGCAGUCAGAUAGAACUGCCAUUCGAUCUGACUCCACUCACUUGGUUACAUUAGGAGGAGUUUUGAGGCAGCAACUGGUUGUCAGUAAAGAAUUACGGAUGUAUGAUGAAAGGGCACAAGAAUGGAGAUCUUUGGCCCCAAUGGAUGCUCCCCGUUACCAGCAUGGUAUUGCUGUCAUUGGAAACUUUCUUUAUGUAGUUGGUGGUCAAAGUAAUUAUGAUACAAAAGGAAAAACUGCUGUUGAUACAGUUUUCAGAUUUGAUCCUCGGUAUAAUAAAUGGAUGCAGGUUGCAUCAUUAAAUGAAAAGCGCACAUUCUUUCACUUGAGUGCCCUCAAAGGACAUUUGUAUGCAGUUGGUGGGCGCAGUGCAGCUGGUGAACUGGCCACAGUAGAAUGUUACAACCCAAGAAUGAAUGAGUGGAGCUAUGUUGCAAAAAUGAGUGAACCCCACUAUGGUCAUGCUGGAACAGUAUAUGGAGGCUUAGUGUAUAUUUCAGGAGGAAUUACCCAUGACACUUUCCAAAAUGAGCUCAUGUGUUUUGACCCAGAUACAGAUAAAUGGAUGCAAAAGGCUCCAAUGACUACAGUCAGAGGUCUGCAUUGCAUGUGUACAGUUGGAGAUAAGCUCUAUGUCAUUGGUGGCAAUCACUUCAGAGGAACAAGUGAUUAUGAUGAUGUUCUAAGCUGUGAAUACUAUUCACCAACCCUUGACCAGUGGACCCCAAUUGCCGCCAUGUUAAGAGGCCAAAGUGAUGUUGGAGUUGCCGUCUUUGAAAAUAAAAUCUACGUUGUUGGUGGAUAUUCUUGGAAUAAUCGUUGUAUGGUAGAAAUUGUCCAGAAAUAUGACCCAGAAAAAGAUGAGUGGCAUAAAGUUUUUGAUCUUCCAGAGUCACUUGGUGGCAUUCGAGCUUGUACACUCACAGUUUUUCCACCUGAAGAAAACCCUGGGUCACCUUCUAGAGAAUCACCUCUUUCAGCACCUUCGGAUCAUUCUUAGGUCUAAGGUGUAACACCUUUUCAGUACAUCAUGGGUGAUCUAAUACUUCCCCUUCAGUUGUAUCUUCUUACAGUGAUUGGUACAGUUAUUAGAUAUAAAGGUAACUGAUGUUAUUCGUCUUGUAUGGCUUUUAGUAUGUUUAUCAAGUGGCUAACAUGCAUUCUGAAAAUGUAUUUAACAUAGCUGUUUUAACAAAUGACAAAAAGAUGUAGAAAAAUGUUUAGAUGUCUUUUUGUGAUGUUAUAUAAAAUUGUAGAUGACUGUGGUAAAUGUGUAAUUAUGUCCAUUAUGCUUCAAAGUUGAGUUUUCAUCUUUGACUCCAAAAUGUCAGAGGGAGGCCGCUCUAACCUCAGAAUAAUGAAAGGUUGCCAAGUAUUAAUACUAGUUACCUCCCUCUUUUCAUAGUUUUUGACAUGUCUGUCAACUUACUCGAUUGUGUGGUUGCAUUCAGAAUAUUUGAAGUUUCUUACGUAGACAGAAAUAAUAAAAAUAUUAACUAGGAAAAAACAGUAUAGCACCAAGCCAGUAUUUGGUAUCUCUCUCUAGAGCGAGCAAGAGAGGGAGAAAGGAGGAAAAAUACACAUAAUACAAACGUACAUGCAUACACACAUACAUACAUAUGUAUACACACACACAAUUUGAAAACUGGCACUUCAACGAUGCUGAAAUUGUUUUUAAAUUUAAGUUUCUUUCUUCCACAAAGCAGCUGUUUCUAUUCAAAUGGGAAUUCAGUACCAGAGAAUAAAUGUCUAUAUAGUCAUACUGAAUUUAGAUAGAUAAGGGCUACAGCAUACUAAAUCAACAACCAAAUUUGUCAUGUGACUAAACCGUUAACUUCAGAUGAAGCUUUUUUCUGCUUGUGUAAAAUACACAAGAGUAUUUUUACACAGAUUGGUAAAGUUCAGGUUUCAGAGAACUGCUUUUGUGCAGAAAAUUUAGGUUCUUUUUUCCACCUUUUUGGUCAGUAAAACUUAAUGAAAAAAGCAAGGAAAAAAGUAUUCUGAACAAAGCUAUAGGGUUUCAAGUUCAGCCUCCCAACUUAGUCAUCCUAACAUGAUUAUUUUGCGAUUUGGGGUGAUUGCCCUGGUGCUGUUCCAGUCCGUGUGCAUCCUGAGCUGUGUGAUCUGCCUCGAGGCUAUGAUCUGAGCAAGCAGGAGAUACAUUUUCUUCUGCAUCAAGUGAGGAAAAAUGUGCUUUUGGCCAUGUCUCAAAGACAGGACUAACUUCAGAUUCCCAAAGAAGCCAGUUACAGAGCCUCUGGAACACUGUGGUCUUACAAGCAGUACUAAAAUCAACCUUCAGCCUCUUCAAUACCAAAGGUAUCCCUACUGGUUAAGAACCACAUGGUAAUUUUUAAUGGGACUUUUAUCAGCAAAUGGAGUUACAGGAAUUCUCUGUAAUGAGUGAUUCUGAAGAGGUACUUUCCUGGAAUAAUUGUCUACCUGAAGAAAAAAAUUUUAUAUAUACAUUGUGUGUGACACACACACGCACACACGCGCGCACACACACACACACACACCCCUAUACCUGGAAGAUUGUCAGAGUGUAAAUCAGGAACAACUUUCUCUUUAUUGACAAUCCCAUAAUAAAACUCAGGAACCAAGGCAAAAUGAAUUGGCUUCUAGGGGUCUGAACCUUACUGCCCAUACAAGUGUUGAUUCAUUUUAAUACUUUUUAUGAUUUCUGCAUUGGCAGAAAUUUUCAUACUUUCUAUGUUUUUUUAAUUACUCAGUUUUUUAUUACUAAAAAUAGCACAUUUGAGUACAUUUGAAAAGUAGAGAAAUUAGAAAUUAUUAACUAUUGAAUAAGCAAGAAGUGCAUCAUAAUCCUUUGAUUAUUAAUGAGGUUGAAUAUUUGUGUGUUAUGGGUAGCUGUGUUUCUUUGACCAAAUGUUCCUGUCCUUUUGCCCUUCUGUUAUCUGUUGGAGUUGCUUUGCUUUUCGUAUCAAGUUAUAGGAUCUCUUUAUAUAAUAAAUGUAAUUUAACUUGCAUUUGCUUGCAUUUAUUUCUUCCCUCAAUCUAUUGUAGUUUUACAAAGGCAACGAUGUUCAGUUAAUUUUUGAGAUCAAAUUUGUCUUUUUUUUUUUUUUUUUUUGAGACAGGGUCUCACUGUUGCGCAGUCUGGAGUGCAAUGGCACAAUGUGUGCUCACUGAAACCUCUGGCUCCCAUGUUCAGGCGAUUCUCCCACCUCAGCCUCCCGAUUAGCUGGGAUUACAGGCAUGUACCACCAUGCCCAGCUAAUUUUGUAUUUUUAGUAGAGAUGGGGUUAGGGGAUAAUUUUGAUAUGGCUUAUUUUUUAUGUAGUAUUUCAGUGCUUAUUCUGACAUAUCAAGGUGGUACUGCCCUGCCUCUAUUUUGUACAAGCUUUUCCUUUUAUUGAAAAAAUACUUUUUAUUACGUCUUAUGUCUGACCCUGGUACUUCCUAUUGAAAUAAGUAUUGCUUUACCAGGUAAACUGCUCUAUCUACAUCCCCCACCUCUAGCUUCACACACCCUGCCUCUCAUUUUUUUACUUUCCUGUAUUCUGCAGUUGACAGUUCUCUUGGUAAUCAUACAGGUAGCUGACUAAUGCUAUGCUAAUACAGGUUGAGCAGCCCUAAUCCAAAAAUCCAAAUUGCUCCAAAAUUUAAAACUUUUUGAGGGCCAACAGGAUGCCACAAGCAGAAAAUUCCACACCAGACCUCUUGUGACAGGUUACACUCAAAACAGUGAAGACUUGUUUCAUGCACAUUAUUAAGACUAUUAUAUAUAAUUACCUUUGGACUACGUGUCUAAAACGUGAAAUAUAACUGAAGUUUUAAGUAAUAUUGUUUAGACUUGGGUCCCUCCCCAGGAUACGUCAUGUACGUGCAAAUAUUCCAAAAUCCAAAACACUUCUGGUCCCAAGCAUUUCAGAUAAGGGAUAUUCAACCGGUACUGCUAUUAAAUCUGGAGUUCCUUAUAGAGAGAAAUUUUAGGUGGUUGAAAUGAUUAAAUGGAAAGAUUUAUUUUCAUAAGCUGGUAAUUUUUUAAAGAAAGUUCAGACUGGAAAAUUGUUUAGAGGAUAAAAACUAAAAGCACAUAAAGCAUUCUGUUAACAUUUCUUGUUUUAAUUUUUCUGAUAAGUAUUCAAAAAUUAACAUUUGUUAGCUUUUUUGAUAUGUCUAUUAUAGAAAAUACAGGAAAAUAAAAGCAAACAAA